AUGUUCUGCAUCAAUACCUUUUCAAUUUCCAAUUUCCAAUUGGCGGUACAAGCUCUGAGUCAAGAACUGGCAGCUCUUCGAGACAAAGAUGACACAGUUGCUUUCUCAAAUGUGACUUCCACAGUAUUUAAUGAGGUCAUGACAAGCUUGGACAUUGAGCAAGUCGCAGCACCAUGGCAGAACAGGCCACCUUGUCCUCAGUGCGACAUGACUUUCGAAUGGGGUGCGGCAAAAGAAGAUAACACAGAGAAUCGCAAGGGAUAUAUGGCAUAUCUCAAGGAGCUGGGAUUUCCGGACUCGGUUUGUCUAUUCGAUGCUUUGAACGCUAAGGAGCUCCUGGAAACAGACCUGCCUCCAACCAAGCCAAGGAUGAAAGGAAGCAUUGGUGUUGUUGUUCUUGCCGCCCACAAUCCGAACAUCUCAACUGCGAAACACAGUAUUUUGAUGGGUAUUGAAUUAAAAAAGGAUAAAAACCAAGAACAAGACAAAAUACAAAAGCAGGCUGUGCUGCAGCAUUGUGCUGCGUCCAGACUGAACCACACGACUGGAGUUCUAACGCUAAUGACAGAUCUAAAUGAUCGCUGGCACUUUUAUUGGUUUAAGCAAGAAUCCAGGCAUCUCAUGAAACUCGAGGCAUCACGUUCGGAAGCAGUAUACCUUAUCAAGCAUUUUCUGGAUGAUCCAAGUGAAAAUGAUUCUUUCCCGGAAUCCUUCCUGACACGAGCACCAUGGGAUAGUAUUUUGGGCAGUAUGAGCGGCGAGAUGAAAUCUUCCGGAUGA